AUGUCCACCCUUUUGAAGAGAAUCUAUCGAGGAAGUAGAGGUUCAAGCAGAGGAAAAGAUCCAGGGAGGGACAAAGGCAAAGAAAAAGCAAUUUCAAAGGGCAAAGGCAAGCAGAGUGCAUGCGACGAAGACGAACAGAAGGAUGGAGUGCACCAUUCACUAACCGAAGAACUUACUUCAAUAUGCAAGAUGGAUAUUGAAGGAGCUCUCAUUGUACUUGCGAGCCUCUGCCACCUGCCCUCCAAGGAGGAGCUCUGUCGGAUGAUGGUCGAGGCCGACUCUGAUGAGGAUGAUUUUAUCUCCCUAGAGGAGUCCAUGGAGAUCAACGCCCCAUCGGUGUCAACCGACGAGAGAUGUCCGCGUCUAUCCUUCACUAGGCUCACGACGGUGCUAUUCCACUGCGAGAAUGACUGGUGCCACCCAACUGCUGGCGAUGCUCCCCUGUCGACACAAGAAAACCAACGCCAGUGUUGCUCCUUCGUCGUUCCCCAGUAG